AUGCUUUACAAUACGGCGUUUGCUCUAUGCUCCAGAAUGCAAGAGUUUGAUAGCAGUUGUAUCGAUCGAGGAAUUCUUGAGCAUGUGGUCUGUAUGAACCAAUUGCCACCACCAGAAUUGACAAAUGAUACAUACGAGAUGAUGAAGGAGCAAGUUUGUGGAAUUGGUAAAUUUUCUGCGUACUGCAUCGACAACUCAACGGAAUAUUCUAAUUGCCCAUCAACUCAAGACAUAUUACAAAAUUUGAUUAAAUUCACGAAUCGCGAAGCCUGUGGAGGAGAGGCUGGAUACGAGAGCGGAGAAUUUAAGAAACAGGAGACAAGUACAGAGGUUACAACUACAGAGGUUACAACUACAGAGCCUACAACUACAGAGGCUACAACUACAGAGGUUACAACUACAGAGGUUACAAAUACAGAGGUUACAAAUACAGAGCCUACAACUACAGAGGUUACAAAUACAGAGGUUACAAAUACAGAGCCUACAACUACAGAGGUUACAACUACAGAGGUUACAAAUACAGAGGUUACAACUACAGAGGUUACAAAUACAGAGCCUACAACUACAGAGGUUACAAAUACAGGGCCUACAACUACAGAGGUUACAAAUACAGAGGUUACAACUACAGAGGUUACAAAUACAGAGCCUACAACUACAGAGGUUACAAAUACAGAGCCUACAACUACAGAGGUUACAAAUACAGAGCCUACAACUACAGAGCCUACAACUACAGAGGCUACAACUACAGAGGCGGAGAGUAGAAGAAAUACAGCCACUACUGUAUACCAAUCAGUCGUACCACUAGUAACCAUUACGUUUGUAAAGAUUAUAUUUUAA